AUGAUUGCUUAGAUGGUCUUAGCUAAUUUUAAGAUAAAAAAUUUAACUUUAUACGCUAUAAUUAAAUGGAGAAUAAAUAAAGAUACUAUUCCAUUACUUUCAGAUGAUGGAUUAAUUUUUCGUUAUGAAAUAGUCAGCAGUUUAGAAUAAAAGUUUUUUCAUGGAGUUAAACUCAAAAAUAUAUGGUUUAUUCUUAAAAUUUAGAAUAAUAUGGAAUUAUGGAACCACUUACAAUAAAAUUAAAAGGAAUCGAUUAGUUUAUUUUAGAAAAUUAAAUUAAAUAGAAAUUAGAUAUUUUAAAAGAUAUAGAGUUGUAUGAUUAAUGUGCUUUAUGUGAAAAAUAGCUGAAUAAAGAAGAUAAGUAAUUUAUUAAUCAUUAUGGGGGGGAAGGCUUAUGCAUGUCUUUUUCAAAUGAGCAAUUAGAAUAAUAGGGCGAAGAAAUUGAUAAAGCCAAAUUAAUUAAUGAUCUAACAUAAUCUACUACACAGUCAGUAAUUGCAAAUUAUCAUAAUAAAGCAAAACUCUAUUUUGUUAGAAACUUUACUUACCCAUUUGGUCAUAAAGUGGGAAAAAUUAGAGAAUAUUCAAAUGUGUGUCAUCUUGUAAUUCUAAUAGAGGAUUGGAUUUUAUACAACUGUUAAAUCUGUGAUUCUGUACAAUAUUGCAACACUUGUGGAUUAUAAUGA